CCGCUUGGGCCACCUGUCAGUUGGGUCUCCUCUCCUCCGCAUCCGAAUCCCACCACACCAUCGGAGAGGAGAGAGAAGAGGAAGCAAGCGGCGGCGGCGGCGGCGGCGAUGGCGACGUCGGCGGGGUUCCUGGCGCGGCGGGCGGCGCAGAAGGAGAGGGUGCGGCUGCUCUACCGCCGCGCCCUCAAGGACACCCUCAACUGGGCCGUCCACCGCCACCUCUUCUACCAGGACGCGUCGGAUCUCAGGGAGAAGUUCGAGGCGAACAGAGAUGUGGACAACCCGGAUGUGAUCGAUAGGCUUAUCGAUGAUGCGGAAGCGCAGUACAGGAAUUUCCAGCAUCCCGAUCCCUACAUUGUCCCAUGGGCUCCUGGUGGCAGUAAAUUCACAAGAAACCCUCCUCCACCUAAAGGGAUCGAGAUUAUCUACAACUAUGGAAAAGAAGACUGAUGAACAGGAGCCCUGCUGCAUCUAGGAGCAGAACUUAGCACCUCCAGGGUGCAAACAACUUAAUUUCCCUUUUUCCAGUUGAUAACGUGCAAUCGACAUGUUGUAUGAUCAAUAAGAACGAAGCCACUGGUCUGUCACCCUUUUGUUUCGUUUUUCCAUCAGCUAGUGCAUUGUUGUUACAUACACAUCGCUAUGCCUAUGCAUCAUUUAUCUUUCAGUCAAGCAUAAACUGCUUAAUGUGUUACGUUCGAUUGAUCCAUCCAACCUACUUGCAUUUGGUUGUCA